AUGUUCCAACGCAUUGCAAACUUCUGGCUGUCUUCAUUUGUCACCGAGCGUCUGUUGGCCAGUCCUCUCUUCCACCGCAUGGCUGCAAAGACCCAUCAGCAUGUCUCUACUGUUACUGAGAAAGGUACCAAGACCGGCAGUGAAUUCAUGAAAGCCUUUAAGGAGAACUUGGAAAAGGAAGCCAGAAAUGCCAGAAAGUAA